CGCGCAUAGAACAGCACAGCGCAAAAACUAGACAGCUGGGAUUUGACAACCGCUUAGUUCUUGCAGACCCCUCGUCCCUAUGAUGUCUGAUUCGUUUUUUUGUUUCUGUUGUUCAGUUGCAAACUGAGUUUUGUUUUUAACACGUUGAGAACAUAGAGCGCAGAAACGGAGAUGGCUUCUUUUCAUGGAUAACAAGGUGAAGUAGAACUGUUCCACUGGAAUACAAGUGGACCUUCACAAGAGACCCUAGAAAGUAACUUCGCAGUCGCCGAGUCGAUACGAAUGGUCACCUCUCAGACUCGGAUAUGUACCAAGGCUUAACAAUGACAGCAAAUCAUGGACCCCCGUCUUAUGAGCCGAGCUUUAUUCACAAUGCUACUGCUACCUCGCCAGUAUACGUACCAACGACUCGGGUUGCACCCAUGAUCCCAGCCUUGCCAUACCUCCAAACGCACGCAGCGUCCCAGCAGAGUAGUCCGGUGUCGAGUCACUCUGCUUGGGCCCAACCCGGCACAGAAUCGGUUCCCUCGUACAACACAGGCAACGCGCACCACUCUCCAGUAUCAUCCCGCUUCACAUUUUCAACGAGCCCCCCUCUAUCCGCCGGCGUCUCCUCUGUCCGGGAGACAGCAACUUACACCAAUCCUCUGAACAUCUCCAGCAAUGGUAGGGAACAUUACGGAACAAGAGGACUCGGCGGAUCUUAUCACAGCCCAUACCCAGCAUAUAUGGGUCCAAACAUGGGGGUCACCUGGGCCACAGCCCCCUUUGACAGCUCAGUAUUGCAUAGUCUGCAACCUGGAGGACCGACAAGCGCAACCAGGCACCCGAAUAUAGAGCUGUUUGAUGACUUUGCGGAGGGCCGUGAGUGUGUGAACUGUGGGGCCAUGUCCACACCAUUGUGGAGGCGGGAUGGGACCGGACACUACUUGUGCAAUGCCUGUGGGCUGUAUCACAAGAUGAAUGGCAUUAAUCGACCCCUCAUAAAGCCGCAAAGACGCCUGUCAGCCUCAAGGAGGGUGGGUCUGUCCUGCACCAACUGUCACACCACCACCACCACGCUGUGGCGCCGUAAUGCUGAGGGGGAGCCUGUGUGCAAUGCCUGCGGUCUAUACAUGAAACUUCAUGGGGUUCCUCGACCCCUGGCCAUGAAGAAGGAGGGCAUUCAGACCCGUAAGCGCAAGCCCAAGGCUCCCAACAAGUCAAAAUUGGGGACACCUGAAAAAGAGUGCCAUCCACCCAGCAGCACUCCUACUAAUGGCAGUAAAGCAGAUGAGCUGCGGCCAAUCAAGACUGAACCUGAGACUACUUCCCUGUACACACACCACAGUGCAUAUCCACAGGUCUCAUCUGUCCCAGCCUACAUGAGUGUACAUGGAAGUGGUGCGUGUCUCAAGCUGUCCCCUGGUAGCCUCCCACCUCCUUCUAGCUCCAAGGGAGAGCCUUGGAACAGCCUGAUCCUGGCCUAGAGACGCCGCUCUAUCAUUGGCGUGCACAACAAGGGAUGAUUUAUUUACGAAUUUCAUGCUUCUGUUAUACUUAUUUACAUUACAUUUAUUUGGCAGAUGCUUUUAUCCAAAGCGACAUACAAAAGUGCAAUUUGAUCUGAUGUUCUUGAUAAGAGCAUGAACUGCAGAUUCAACCUUGGUGAGAACAUGUUUACUGUGAUCUAAUAGAGGAGUGAACCAGAAUUGGUGUGUACAGCUGUUCAGAACAUGAAUGGAGAAUAACCGACCAGCCUACACAGCGGCCUUCCAAGACUGAAGUUGUGCUCCCCUGUUGUAUUACCUUGGAUUUUCUCUCUGUGCUGCAGUUGAAACCCAUACUUGUAUAACCAUAUAAACUUUGACCCGAGGUCACACUUUCAGGCUCCAUCCUCCUAAGACUUUUUCAGUAGAGCUGUCUGCUUUGAACUGCUCACAGACAGCCCCUUGUUAGCUUAGCAAAAAAUGUCGAUUUGUCGUUAUCCAUUUGUUUCCAAAUAUAAUUUUCUUAUGAAUAGUGUCUUUCCAAAUUGCUGUACUUGUAUUUUUGUUGCUUUUUGUUGUUGUUAUAGUAUAUUUGAAUUCCAUGCCUUUAUUGAAAGAAAGAAAACGAGGCAUGUUUGACAUGAAACAAGCUGUGGACUACAAUAUGACCUCAUUCCUUAACAUGAACAGACAUUUAGGAAUGAACACACACCAGGAUAUUACAAACCCUGAGGCUCUCACUGUAAGCUAAUGUGAAAGAGGGAGGAGAACACAUUGAAACCUGAUGUGGUAAGACCAGAAUUUCAGCCUGGUGCAUUUCAGCCUGGCCUGUCUAGCCAGCAGGGGUAAUGGUCCGGUUAUACUUGCAAUGGUGAAAAGUAUGUGCGCCCCUUCACAGAAUAAGAUGAAUGCACUCCUUAAAUUAUGGAGAAACAUAAUGUCAAAACAGCUUGGUCACUCCAUUUAGUCCAAAUGCACAGAUGCUUGGUUAGCCCACAUUUCUCAAGCCAGCCCAGGAAUUUCCUGACCAGUGUAACACACCUCCAAACCCUAUCCUACAAUACAUGUCCCAUAGGCACUGUAAGCCUACAGCAAAAUCAAUACUUGAAUAAUUUAUAUAUAAAAUACCUUAUGUGAUAGAAUUAUCCAUCCAAAUAAAGGCUCUAUUUUUUCAUUUAUGUUGCUACACCUGCCACAGCAUGUAAAAGUUGUGUUCAGCAUACAUGAGAUUCAUUACAAGUACUGACAUUGAUAUUAAUGAGGAGAGGCACUCUGGAGAAUUCAGUCUAACCACUAUGACAGUUUAAAUUUUCUGAAAAGCAAUACAUCUUUAUACUAUGCUUGCGCCAUCGCAGGUUUAGUGGUAGCUGGGCAGAUGUGAAAAAAUAAUUUAAAUACAUUUUUUGUAAUUUUUGUACUUAUUCUUAAAACAUCUGCCACAAAGCACCAUAGCACAUUAAAUAUUAAAUAUUUCCCUUAGUUCAAUAGCAUCUUUGAAAUUUUCAUCAUUUAAAAUAUCUUGCAUACAAACCAAGCUCAAUCUACAGUAUGUUGUUACCAGUGUGACCAUUUUUGGCCUUAAAGUUGCAAAUGAAAAGACAAUAUAAUUUGUUGUAAUCUUGCAAUAUUGUUCUUUCCUAUAUAGCAUUCAUUUUUUGUCUAUCUCAAAUAUUUAUUCUAACUGACAGUGAAAUACUGCUGUUUCUUUUAAUUGUGUUCAGUUUCUAUGUAAGCUCAAACAGAAUAUAUUCUACAGCAAACUGUCGGCAUAGCAUAACCACCAUGACAUUGAAUGCUAUUGUUUGCUUAUGAUUCUGAAAAACAGAAAAAGACUCCACUGUUCAAUGUAAUUGUAUAUAUUACUCCUAUAAUGGUAAAAUAUUCUUAUAAACUAUAAAAGAUAUAAAACAGAGCAGGCAUGUGACUUAAAAUGCAUUUCUGCAUUGUCUGUUGUCCCCUCUUUAUGUUUAUUAACCCAUGAAAGUAAUAAAGAUAAAUGCUUCAAAGUAAA